UAAACAGUCGCAGCCUUCUUAUUAUCAACAGCCUCCAUCCUCUAGUUGUGGUUAAUCGAUCAAGCGGAGCGCACCAUAGUCGCGUGCGCAUUACGACGUAAUGAAACAAUCAUGAACGGAAAUAUAUUUUUGUGUUUUUUAUUAGUGCUUUGCAAUAGUGCAUUAGGACAAAAGCUAAAAGAGCCGCUUCCAGAAUGUCCAUCAUUAGAAAAAGGGGAUACAUACACACAAUCAGAGUUCCUAUCGCGUCUGGCACACGAGUGCCGGUACGACAGGCUUCUCCUACCUACAUACCAGACUGGAGAAGUUGUGUUUGUCCACGCCAGCGCCUACGUCUAUUUCAUACAACCGGCUGAAGCGCACGAUUUGAACUUCAAAUUGCACUUCCUUCUGCAACUUCGUUGGACUGAUCGGCGGCUAGCGUACGCUCUCUAUUCUCCAGAACGAACGAAAAUCAUUGGAGAAAGUGAUCUCAGAUCCCGUGUUUGGAUACCGCACUUGUACAUGUCUAACGAACAAUCUUCCAGUUUGAUGGGAACUGAUAGUAAAGACGUGCUCAUCUCAAUAGCACCAGAUGGUGAAGUACUUUUCAGUCGUCGAAUGCAAGCUGUGCUAUAUUGUUGGAUGAAUUUGCAAAAAUUCCCAUUCGAUGUUCAAAAAUGUUCGAUGAACUUGGAAAGCUGGAAAUACAAUGCGUCAAUAUUACGCUUGAUGUGGGAGAAAGAUAAUCCCGUUCGACUAUCUUCAGAACUGCAUUUAACAGAAUACUCUCUGCUCGACUAUUGGACAAAUGAGUCGGUUGUUCGAGGAGAUAUCGUCAACAUGAGACUGGGUGGAGGUAGAUCGGGUAAUUACAGUGCUUUGAAGUUUACAUUUAAAUUGGGCCGAGAGGUCGGUUACUACUUAAUGGAUUAUUUCAUCCCUUCAAUGAUGAUUGUCGCCAUGUCAUGGGUCACCUUCUGGUUACAAGCAGAUGCUUCAGCACCUAGGAUAACAUUGGGUACAAGCACCAUGUUGUCGUUUAUCACUCUGGCAUCAUCUCAAGCGAAAACUCUUCCAAAAGUCUCCUACAUUAAAGCAAGUGAAAUUUGGUUCUUAGGCUGUAUUGGCUUCAUUUUCUCGGCUCUAGUGGAAUUCGCUUUUGUCAACACUAUCUGGCGUAGAAAAAAAGUGGUGAAUUUGAAGAAAGUGAACAGUAAAUAUAUACUGAAAAGUACAUUGACCCCUCGCCUGGCGCGUAAAGAGCUGCAGAAAGAGCUACAGUCUUCCCCGCAGCUCAGCAAGUCUCGGUCCUGUUCUUCUCUUAACCAGGAAACCAGUUCUGAUCCUGCAGGACCAGGAUACAAUAAUUAUCUUACUGUUCAUAGCUUCCCAUCUGCUCUGAACCUACCAACGAUAACUACGCAAAGCUACGACGAGCUUGUCCAUAGGUCUGGCGGACGGCAUGACUCCAGUGAGGGAUCAGACGAAGCCCCAAAACAACACACAUGGACUCAAAUGACUCCACAAGAAAUCGCAACUUGGAUCGAUAAACGCUCGAGAGUGCUAUUCCCUUUACUCUUCAUAUUAUUUAAUAUUAUCUACUGGACAUUUGUGUACUGUUUGUGAAAAAAACCGUAUGUGCCUGUCGUUUUCGCAUUGGUGUGAGUUCUAUAGUCCUGGAAAUUUACCACUUAGUUACUCUAAAAUUGUAAAUUUUGACAACAUUUUUGGAAAAUGUCGUUUGAAAAUGAAAGAUACAAUUGUUUUGUUUAAUCCAAUUCAUUAGAAAACAAAACAUUUAGUCGAAAAUUUAAAUUAGGAAGUAAUAGAGAAAAUUAUAAUACUAGCGAAAUACAAAAAGUCAAACGACAAAAGACAAAACACGAUUAAAGCGGAUGACUGAAUCGAAAUUAUUUAUUUCAUUACAGUAUAAGCCAAAAUUUAACACACACACACAGAUGCUAAUAAGAAAUCGCAAUGAAACAAAGCGCACAAUAGUUUUGUCUGUUUUGAUAUUUAACAGACAUAAUUUUCGAAACAAUCUACUGUUGUGUAUUGGUCUAAUAUUUUUUUUAUGUAUUGCGAUUUAUUGAAGGUGGUAGUCAGUUAUAGUAAUAAGUAUUUUGGUGCUUAUAUUAUAUCCAUACGUUACUAAAGGAUACAUACUAUAAAGCAUAUCCAAAAGUUUUGUAAUCUUAUUUUCUUGGUCAUUUAAUUUUUUUUAUGACAGUGAUUAUGGGAUUGACUGGUUAAAUCUCAUAAAUGCUAACAACCUUUUAUGUAAGUCUAAAUAUUCAGUCUAAAAUAUUUAGUCUAAAAUUGUAUACCGUCCCAGUAUUGUAAAAUUUUAGAAUAUUAACAAUAUCUAAAAGUUUUUAAAAAAUUUAGCAGUCUUCGAAUUUUUUUACAAUAUUUUGUACGUAGAUACAUUAAUUCAUUAAUUUAAGGUAUAGAUACGUACUUAAUUUAAGUUGAAUAAAAAUGUUGUAUAAUUAACUAAAUAAUUUUUGUAUAUAAAUACUUAUUAUACUGUAAUAUAAUAAAUUAGUAUUCAUAAUGAUUAGGAAAUUUAGUGUCACUGUUACACCAUAAUAUAAUCGUGUUAAUUAUAUCUGUAACACAGUAUUUUCUUAAACAAAUUAA